UCUGUCUCGAAGGUUAUUUUGGGUUGAACUGUUCGCAGCUUUGCCCAUAUCCAAGCUAUGGAAAGGGAUGUAAAGAAACAUGCGACUGUUCUAAACCAUUUUGUGUGCCAACAUUAGGAUGUGCAACAAAAGAAAAUAAAAAUCGAGAGAAUUUCAUCACAACGAAAGCUAACUAUGGUGCAAGUUUAGAGGAGAACUCAACCCUUGUAACAAAAUGGGAAGAUUCAACACCGAAUAACAAUGUACGUCUGACAACGAAAGUCCCAACAUCCACCUAUCUCUUUGUUGCUAUUUUAGUAGCAGUUGUGUUUUUGAUAACAGUGAGUAUAUUACAAAUGGUUUUUAAGAGGAAAGUUUCCAGGAAUCGCCAGGUAGAGAACAACAGCAGCGAAGUACCUCAGACUGGAAAUAUUAACUCACGUCAAAGUGAGAGAGUUUCAAAUAUUUAUGAUUCCAUCUGCGAAAACCCACAUGAGUCGUCCCAAAGUUGUAAAGCCCAAUCGAAAAAGAGUAACUAUCUCAAGAAAACUGUGCAGAAGAGGUAUUCUGAUGCAGCAAAUGAAUACCUGGACACGCGAGCUGUGGGUUUUGAGUUAGUUAGAGAGUCGAAUCAUUUUUAUUCACCUCUGUAA